AUGUUUGUUAUGGCUGCCAUUUGUUCGAAGAUCGAACAUGGAGAAAUUAAAAGAAUUGAUGGAAUGUCUUCAGGAAAUUUCAGCAGUUUGCGGUUCAGAUAUAUCUAUAUCUUUCUUUUGUCAGUAGUUGGCACAAGCUCUCCAGUUGACGUUGAGUGGGCGCUAAAUCUUCCGACCUUUUUUGGAAAUGUAGCCUAUCUUCAGUGUAAUAUAUCAGAUACUGCAUCCAAUUGUGCAAACAAAGACCGUCGGUGGAUUGGUGGUCCUCAGUAUGAUGGGCUUUGUUAUGAAAAUGAAUGUCCCAUUUCAAAAAAGUACAAGGUGAUGAAUCAUCCAAGGUGUUCGUACAUAUUGAUGAUUUACAAUUUUUCUGAAAGCGACGUCAACUGUGAAUAUACUUGCUUCUAUGGUGCAUCAAAGAAUCGUCGAAACUUAACACUUGACGAAAAGAAUUUUAUAUAUGAGCCAGGUAUCGAAGAUAUCAAGGAAGAGACAAUAGAAAAGGAUAACACAUUUAAUCGGAAGAUUACUAUUAGAAAGAUUUAUCCAAAACCGUCUUGUGUGGCUUAUUUAAAUAUGGAAAAAAAACCACAUCAUUUGCAGGUUUCAAUAACAAAACCAGGAUUUUACUACACCGCAGAUCUGCAAAUAAAACUCCCAUUGUCGUCAUGCGGAAAACUUGACGUUAAUUGUUACCUCGGAGACCACAAAAUCAACAUCACCAACAAGAAUUUCGAUAGCUGUCAAUUUAAAGGUUUACUUACUCUUCUCAUAACUACAAAUUAG